AUUUCAACUGCAAGAAUAAUUCGUGCCGUUUGUUAAACACAACUUCAGACGGUAGCGUUACUAUUGUGUUUUCGACCGUGAUAACCAACUUAAAGAGUAAUAAGACCAAAUUGUAAAAAUAAUACGCUAAAAACAGUUAUGAAAAUCUGAUUCAAACUCCUGUUGGCAGACCAAACUGAAAUGCGAGAUACACAAUCAACGUAUAGCAUGAAAAAAUGAAACAGUCAAGACGAUGACAGCAAUAUGCUAACAUGAGAUAUGCGAAUUUGUCUUAAACGCCCAAAUUAUUUUGAAUAACCUUAAACAAUCAAAUUUUAAUAGAUGUACAAUUUACAUUUAAUGAUAAAACAAAUUAAUUUAUAAUCGUAUCGGAAAAAUCAUGAAUCGUUGCGCUGUGUGUCCAACUAAUGCACAAUCACCAUAUGAUGAGGUAUCACAUGAGAUUGACGGUAACAUUUUAACCGUUAAAUUACCAAAAGAUAAACAUCGCGUUCAAGCUGUAAACGGACAAAUUGCCGAACCUAUCAUUGAUGUUAAUUGUUUGGAUAAACAUGGUAAGAAAUGCAAGAGAGGCUGUCCAAAAAUCAACAUAAUACACAAUCAAGCACCUACUCCGAAAAAACCGGAGGAAGAAAUGUUGUUUCUAAAGACAACAAGACAAAUCACCGCCACCAACGAUAUGAAGCACAGUCUUGAAGUGGAAUUUAAGUCACCGCGAAAUUAUAUCCCGUUACCGGAACCAAGACCCAUAAUUAUUCCAAAAGAACCUGUUAUCGUGAAGAAACUUGAAGAUAAAAGCAGAAAAAAGAAGUAAAACACAAUAAAGAUAAACAUCAAGCAAGACCUUUAAACACCAUCUGUGAAAAAUAUUGUACUUUUGUAAGUAAAGUCUGGAAAGAAGCUCUAAUUUGUAAUGUACAAGGCCAACGACAGAUACUCGCAAAAGUAAACUCGUGGAUCUAAUAAAACUUUUUUUAAAAACAGA